CUCUCAGCGAUUGAAACGCUACUCAGGCAGGGAGAUGUGCUCAUCGCGUGGAGGAAAAGUCCAAAUAUACGAAAAGUACACUCCCAAACCUACCCGUUUUAGUUUAACUUCACAGUGGAGCUCUACACGAAGCUCUGCGCUCAUUAAAUAAAUCACUCCGGCAGUGAUGGACCGAGUCUGCUUCGGUUUAGUUCGUGUUAGACCCGGGUGGAAUAAGCCGGUCUCCUACGCUGGACAGUGAACAUCUGCUUGGGGGUGUACAGGUGGCCCGUGUGACAAAUGGGUGCUAUCCCUCUUUCUCUCUCUCUCUUUCUGCGGCUGCUAUGCCUGACCAUUCUUCUGUGGACCAGUGGGAACGGCCAGGAGCUUAAGUCUACCAGGUGGCCGCUCUAUUCCCAGAAACCUCUCCUGCUGGCCUGGAACGCUCCCACCGAAGACUGCGUCCCCCGGCACGGCAUUCGCCUACAGCUGGACCAGUUCCAGAUCGUAGCGUCUCCGAAUGAAGGCUUCGUCAGACAGAACUUGACCAUCUUCUAUAAGGAACGGAUGGGUCUGUAUCCAUAUUACAAACAGGAUGGCAGCCCUGUGAACGGCGGCCUUCCGCAGGGGGCCAGUCUCACAGAACACCUGGGGAAAAUGCCAGAUGCCAUAAAAAAGUACAUCAAAGAGCCCACGGCAAAAGGGUUGGCCGUCCUGGACUGGGAGGAAUGGAGACCCCUCUGGAUCCGGAACUGGGAUGCCAAAAACAUCUACAGGAACAAAUCUCGGCUGCUGAUCUCGCAGAAGAACCCAAACUGGACUCCCGAUCAGGUGGCCAAAGUGGCGCAGCAGGAAUUUGAACUGUCUGCCCGCAGGUUCAUGCUGGAGACGCUGCGUUAUGCCAAGAAUCUUCGUCCUCAGCAGCUGUGGGGCUUUUACCUGUUUCCCGACUGCUACAACCACAACUACCGCGGCAACCUGGACAACUACACGGGUCGCUGCCCGGACGUGGAGGUGACCCGGAAUGACCAGCUGAUGUGGCUGUGGACGGAGAGCACAGCUCUUUACCCCUCCAUCUACAUUGGUCAGGUGCUGAAGAACCGGGCCAUUGGGAGACAGUUCGUACGGAACCGGGUCCGAGAGGGAAUGAGGCUGGCGUCUGUUGGGAACGGCACAGCGCGACCUGUGUUUGUGUACUCACGGCCAACUUACACUAACGAGCUCACACUGCUAACAGAGAUGGACCUGGUCUCCACUAUAGGUGAGAGUGUGUCUCUGGGGGCUGCUGGAAUUAUCCUGUGGGGAGACUCUGCCUACGCCAGCAGUAUUGCGAGCUGUUCUAGUCUGAGUAACUACCUGGAAAAUUCUCUGGGCCGCUACCUGCUGAACGUCUCCUCUGCGGCAGAGCAGUGCAGCCGGUUCCUGUGCGGUUUCCGCGGUCGCUGCCUGCGCAGACAUCCUGACACCGACACCUACCUGCACUUGAGCACAAGCACACAUAGGCUGGAGCUGCAGGACGGCCGGCUGGUGGUGCGCGGGACGAUGGGGCCGGACGAGCAGGCCAAGCUGCGCGAGGACUUCCAGUGCCAGUGCUAUACCGGUUACGCCGGGGAGGGCUGCACCCAGAGAGUGGCCGGUAGCGGAGUGGGCUCCGUGUGGACCGUUCAACAUUCCUGCCUGUGGGUGGUGCUAGUGCUAACGCUAAUUCUGGGAUUUCUGCAGUGAAAGAUAAGUUACUGCUGGAAUAUAGAGGAACAUGCUGGAAACUUCUCCACGCUGGAUAACAGCGAGUUUAAUGCUGCCUUAAUGUGUGUGUUGGAUAUUUCCCCAAUUGAAACUUUGAGUGCUUUGGGGUUAAAAACAUUAAGGAUGUCAGGAGACUGUUGCAAAUGAUUUGGGAAAAGCCUUUUUAUAUAUAUCCAGACAGACAGGAGAUUUGGUUAGCAGUGAAUGUAAAUGUGGCCUUAACUGACUGCUAACUGUGGAUCAUGUUAAAUAGUGAACACUCUUAAUACUAAGACUCUUCAACUCACUAGCCAAGCCAACAUUAGCUUCCUAGCUAGCCUGAUCUAUUUCAGCAUUUCUCACAUUCUAAAACUGCACAUAAUGCAACCAGCAGUUGCAGAUGUUGACUGUGAUGUUUGUUGUGGUACGUUGGGCCAGCAGACGACAGUAUUUUACCAUUGGUAUUAGCUGCAGCUUAGGCAGGGUUGUACAAAAGUAAUUCCAAUUAGAAACCCAACAGAUACAAUGUAAUUUAAUAACAAGCGUUGUAGAAAGCCUUUAGAAACACCUUCAAUCUAAACCCAUACAUGCAACAGAGCUAGUUUGUAAUUUGUGUAGCAGAUGCACAGUAAAACCUAAAUAAGAAUGUCUGAUGCCUUCAGCUAAAUCAUCUACAUAUCUUGCUAUAAAACAACACACUAUCCAACUGUUUUUAAGUUCUUUUGGUGAUUUCCUUUAAAAAAUACUGCAGGUACACUCUGUUCAGUCCAUCAGAUUGAAAGCUUUCUCUGUUGAAAGACUUGAUCAUUUGAAUUAAGUCAUAUUUAUAAUAAUUCUGCUAGCACACAAAAGAAGUAUGAGCCCAGAACCCUACAGUAACAAACAUAAAGCGAUAAAACAGGUCAAUCGAGGCCUGUUCUGCUGCUUUUGUCUUAGUGUUUUAUUACAGUGCUCGACACUAAGGUUUCUGCUGCCACCUACUGCACAGGAGGAUUAACAGCAAAUAAGGAAGCAAGAGAUUUUACACUGUGCCUGUAACGACAAAAACUGAAGAGCUUGUUUGAGUGUGUUUAUGUCUCAGUGAUCUGAUGUAUGCCUGGUAAUGUUGUUUGCAUUUGGGUCAGAAAUGUGUAUUUUUAAGUGCUUCCGAGCUUUAAUCUGGUGGAUUAUGUUCAUUGUUCUGCCUUAUCUCGCGUGCCCAGAUUGCGGCGUGCCGUAGGCGGCAUUCAGUCAUCGCCUACUCGGAACGGAUGCAAUACUAAAGACAAUGACUGAAAGACUCAGCAACUCUGAAGCUUCACCCAAAGCCUUUUUGUCUGACCACUGCUGGAUGGUGUCUCAUGAACGUUUUACAGGUUUCUUUUUUCAUCCAAACCAAAGCACAAGUGACUCGCCUCAAAAACUUUAAAGACUCACCUCAGAUCGUGGUUUUACAUUUCGUGAUGAUGUGUUUUUGUUUGUGUAUUUAGUGGAGGGAACAAACUGGAAGGUUUUAACUGUGUGUGCUGUCAGAUGUCCUUUGACCCUCUUUACACCUGGUCACUUUAUGUGAAUAGCAUCUGGAUGGUAUCGUAAUUGUAUCAAGAUUUUAGCCAGAUUUUAUGCAUUAAGUCAUGCAUGGUAGUAUAAGGCAUUUCUUGUUAGUCUGAUUGAAAUCCGGUUGCUGUGCGGGAUCAAAUUGGCAAAAUCCCCUAAAAAUUUACCCCACACAGUCUUUAGUCCUCCCCCUUGAAUAGCAAUGCUUCCAACACUAAGAGGGUAAAGACCAGCGCAGGCCUCCUCUGAUACAUGAAAAUUCAGACCGGCCUCUUUUUAAAAUGCUACUGAUAACCAUCACACUAGGAAUGAUAAAGGAAGAGAGCUAGAGAACCAUCUACCAACCCAGAGAGAGAGCAUGACCAAUUGUGCUCUCACUCUCUCUCUCGGACUCUGGCUGCUGAUGGCAAGCAGCAAGACCCUGGAUUUUAACCAGCAAUCUUCGGAUCAUAGUAUCUGCACCUUAGUCCACUUGACCACCUUUAACCACCCUGGAUGAGGGAUGUGUUAACACUGCUAUAAUGUGGCUAAAAUGUGUCUCAGACUACCUUCUGAAACGGGAUUUGUGUCUGUUUUGAAUGUUAAUUUUUACAUGGCCAGAUAUAAUCCUGAUACUCAUGACAAAUGAUGCAAACAGGUGUAAACAGGGUCUUUGUGGUUUAAUUGAUGGUUGUGUUAAAAAUGUGUGUCAUAUGUGUGUGUUUUAUGAGUGCCUCAUUAAAUAAGUAGUGUUAAGUGAAGAGCUGUUUACUGUAUUACUAUAUUAUAAAGCACACCAGAGGCUUUAAAUUCUGUUUUCUUUCUUUUUUUAAACCAUGAACACCUUGUUUUGUAGGUUGUGAUUUGUGAGGCUCUACUUUAUGGCCAAAAUAUUUUAUAUGUUUUUGAGAAAACCAAAGGAUUGUCUUUUUUUUCAUCGUCAUUUUCUACAAUAAAAAACAGCAUUUA